GUCCCAAGACCCCUCUCUGGAUGUGCGCCUGCGGGUGCGACUCCAACUGGGCCAGCUGGCUCAGGUGCCGAGACUGCGGGAGGCGCUUCCCGUCCAAGGUCGAGGAAGCCGCGAAGGAGGCCCACAAGGAUACCAACCAGGGCGGCCCGCAGCCGAGCAGCCACCAGCAGCCCCGUGGAGUGUGGGCCAGGCAAAAGUGGGCCCCCAGUGAGAUCGCGAAGCAGCAGCGCCAGGACAGUGAGCUCGCAGCCUUGCGCGAGCAGGUCGACGAGCUCGCCGGCGCCAAAACGAGGGACAAGCUCGACGCCCUCAGCGACCUCAAGGCCGAGCUCAAGAAGUUCGCAGGUGGGGAGCAAGCGAGCAUCACCGCGCUGCAGGGCCAGAAAAAGAAGCUCGAGGGCCAGCGCCAGAAGGCAGUCUACAAGGUCCAGGAGCUCGGAGACCAGAGGGCCAAGCCCGACAAGCAGAUCAGCGACGCCAAGGGGCACGCUGCUGGGCUCAAGGCCAAGCUGGAGUCCGCCGACACCGAGAUCGAGUCCCGCCACGCCACGAGGGUCCUCGGGGACGGACUCAUGGUCUUGGCCAAGGUGCUCGAGCUUUUCAAGGCCACGGCGGUCGACGACCAGGCCGUCCUACAGGGCCUGCACUCGCUGGUGUUUCUGCUGGCAGCAGUGGCGGGGAUGGCGCUGCGCGCGCAGAUGAUGCAGUCGCUGGAGGUGGCGAGUCAAAGCUCGCCAAGAAGCAGCGUGUUUGAUAGCCUCUGGGUCUUCACGAUCAACGCAAACACCGAGAAGGUCUACAGGUCCUUCCUCGACUGGCUGGAUGACGCCCAGGCUCUCCGCGGCGAGGGGGCAGCCGCCGACGUCACCUUCGUCGUUCAGGAGACAAGCAUUCGUGAAGGGGUGGGCAUCGGUGUUCGGCAGCAGUUUGCGGUCGCCACGCUAGCCACCAAGUGCCUCCAACCUCGCCGCGUGCCCAGUCGGAUGGUCAACCUCGGAGACAGGCUCGCCAUCGACCUCGCGUCCGUUUGCCUCCGCGGCGGCGAAGGCAUGAGCGAGGCCAACGGAGACAUCCCCUUGGACCUUGCAGCGCGGCUCAGGGUAGCCCAACGGCCUUGGGUCCUCGCGGGGGACUUCAACAUGGAACCACUCCAGGUGGCGGCGUGGGCUGCGUCGGCAACAGGCUGCGUGCUACGCGCUGGUGCUGCGACUUGCAGGGCGGGCGACCUCACCGAGCUCGGCUUCGCGGCCAUCGCAGACGAGCUCCAGCCUUUCGUCUUCAGCCACGGGCCUGUCCCAGAGGGCCCCGCGGCCGGGGAGUUCUCCGGCAGGGCCGAGGGCGUGCGUUCCGUCCGGGCGCCGCUGGCAGAUGCUACCCGCCGCCGCUGGGAACAGCUCAGCUCGCGCGCCACCCGUGCCUGGGGUGGCCUGGUCAGCCCGCCGCAGCGCGCCGACCUGCUGGCGGCUCGCGGGGGCGACAGCCACAGCCUACACAGCCUUCGCAGCCGCCUAGGCGCGAUCAGCGCUCCCGAUUACGACGACAGCGGGGCCAGCCGGCGCAGCGACGCAGCAGCGGCCUGCAAGCAGUGGCAGGCAUGGGCCAAGGGCUCAGCCACUAGCGGAGGGAAGCUUGCCCACCGCUUCUCCAAGCCUGAGCCGCUGCCGAAGACCAGCCUGGUCAGCAACGACGACGACGACGACCUCGCCCUCCCCGUCAACGGCGACGAGGCCGUGGAGCACUGCCUCAAGGAGUGGCUGCCCCUCUGGUGCGACUCGCGUCGCAGGGGAGGGCUCGAGGAGGCGGCCAGCUGGGGCGCCCCUGAGCCGUUGCCCAACCUCGAGGUCGACGACAUCCUGUUCUUGCUCCAGAGGUACGGUCGCUGGGCAGGCUUGGGAUGGGAUCAGCUACAUCCGCGACACCUGCUCCUCCUAGACGAUUCCUUCCUGCACGGGAUCAUCGACGUCAUGGCCAGCUGGGAGGACACCCCGUCGGCCUACCUUGACGGACUAUCGGUCAUCGUCGUCCGCGCCAAGCCAGGAGAGCUGAUCAAAUGGGAGAGGGCAGGUCUGGCCCACCAGACCGUCGCGGCCCUUGCGUACGAGAAGAUGCUCAGCACCGUCAUGGUUCUAGGCGACCUACGCAAGUUCUACAAUAAUAUCAGCCACAUGGAGCUCCUGAGCUCCUCACCGAGGCGCAGGCACUGCGCUCGCAGGAUGCCCCUGCGCGACAGGGAUCGCCAAGCUCCUGCUCUACAGGUCUUUCAAGAAGGUCGCGGCCCUCGACCCGAGCGCGAGUCUGGGCAGCGUCUCGAUGACUUCGCCCUGCAGACGGCCGGGGCCACGGGCAUGGUCAAGGCCGUCCUGGGCCCAGCCGCGCGCGCCCUCCUGGCCUGCUUCGACGAGAAGCGUGCCCGCGUCCACUUCGGCAAGCCGCGCUUCCUCACCCCCAGCGCCGACGCGGCCGAGAAGCUGGAGGCGGAGUGGCCGUCCACCGACGGCAGGGCUGACCGAGGCAGGCUGCGCUGCUUCUCCAGGGGCAUCGAAAGGGGCCCCGCUGUCGUGAACGCGGGGAAGGUCGCGCAGCAAUUCGGCAUGGCGCCCUGGGUCGGCUAUCCCACCGCGCACGCGCUAAGCAAGGCCAGAGAGCGCCGCGGGCAGUCCAAGCGGCCACGCGCCGCGCGCAGAGAUUCUGUUGCAGCAUUCUACCUCGCCAUCUGCAGGCAAGGUCGGACCAUGACCGACAAUAGGGCCGUUGCCACGGACCUCGGGCUUGAGUUCGACCUGGCCAGAGUUUCGCCGGCGUUCAGCAAGGAGCUGGCUGAUGAGUCAGCCAAGAGGUGGUCCGACAGAGACGCCACCCGCGAGCUGCAUCCGCACCAGGGCCCCCGCCUCUUCUGGGGCGUGCUGCAGAGGCUCGAGAAGGCCAAGGAGUCCAGCGGCUGGGGGCACCACCAGAGGGCUGCCCUCCACUCGGUCAUCUCGGGCACGGCCCUCACCCAGAGGCGGCUCUGCAAGCGAGGCAUGGCCUCCGACUGGGUCUGCCCGCGAUGCAGAGCGGCCCCGGGCACAUCGCGGCAUCGAGCAUGCGGUUGUGACGGCCAGGCGGAGUUCCGACGCGCUGAGGCAUCUCCCGAGCAUCUACGGCACGCCAAGGUGGCGCGUGAUGCUGGAGGCAUCUGCGGGGAGAUGUUCAGCAGGUGCCUGUUCCCGUCCCUCGACCGCAUCAUCCCGAGGUGCGACCCAGAGGGCGAGUCCGUACACCGGCAAAGGCGACCUGCCUCAGGACCCUUCACGGGCCUCAUCUUCACCGACGGCAGCGCGGUGGGCACCAGAUGGCCCGAGCUUCAGCGCGCAGGUUGGUCGCUCGUGCAGAGCGACAGCCAAGGGCGCCUGGAGGCCGCUGCUUGGGGGCGGGCCCCGCUCUCCAUGGCCCAGCGGCAGGAGGCGCGGGAUGGAGGGGGCUACGCGUGCCACAUGGCGGCCUUCCUGCGGGCAGGCCACGUCGACUUCCAGACCGAUCGUGCCGCCUCAGUGGCCUCCCCCCAGAGAGGCGCGGCAUGGGCCUGCCGCUCAGGUUCGUCGAGGGCCCACCUGUGGGGCGCGUUUUACACCGCCUUCGACGACAGCCGCAGCUACACGGUCGCUAAGGUGCUGGCCCACGCGUCUGCAGCGGACGCAGUAGCAGACCGCGCUACCUGGCGGCAAAGGGCGGGCAACAGUCUCGCCGACGAGGGCGUGAAGGAGGGAGCCAAGCUGGCGCUGUCCGAGGACCAGCCCCCCCUCGCCUACGGCCUCGACAUGCUGGCCAAGCAGGCCAUGCUCAACGCGGGGAGACUCCGCGCGCGCGUGGCCGACCGCAAGCUGCUCGACCACGGCAGCGACGUCGCCCUGGAGUUCCCGGAGGCCGAGGAGGCCUCCGAGGAGCCAGAGGCCAGCGGCGGCCAUGGCGCUGGCGUCACCUCGGCCGUAGCAGGAGCUGCCGCCGUCGCUCUUGCUGCGGCCAG